CCUUUUCUAUUUUUUCUCUAUUCAAAAUACAAUUCCUUUGUUACUUUCACCCUUCCUACUUGAUAAAAUUGUGUGUAAAGUGGAGAGUUUGAGGGAACAUAUUGUGGGGAAUGUUAACUAUCUAAGUCACAUCAUCGAAUCUCUUAUCUCCCCCCUUUUUCUAGCUUCUUUAUUUGUAUAAAAGAAAGUGGUCUACAUUAUUUAAUAUAAAAGGGGUCUACAUAUGAGUUGUAUGAUUGGAUCCUGGUCUCUUUUUCUCCAAUUAUAAUUGGUCCAUAAUAUCUUUUUAUUUAACCUAUGUAUACAUUUAUUUUGAUAAUUUCUCUAACAAUAUAUCCAUUCAACAUGUAUAGCACCAUAUCAACAACACGACAUCAUAAGAAUUAAACGAUUUUCAUAAAUUAAUACAUUCAAUAUGUACAACAUUAUAUUAGAAGCGUGAUAUCAUUAAAAUUGAUACAACUUUUUUAUAAAUCAAAUUCGAAUGUUCACUACUAUCAACUUCUCUUCCUUUCAUCUCCUCCAUCUUUUUCCCUUUCUUUUUGUUUGGAGAUCAAGCUUUCUCAUCUUGUGAAGAAAAAAUGUUCCAUAGAUGUCCACAAUCGACGAGUUCCAUUCACAAAACAGCCCAUCAUUUUUGUAGCAUUAUUUGGUAAAGUUUGUUUGGUAGUGAAGUGCCCCUUUUUGUGGGAUAGAGAGUGAUCAAUGAUCAUCAUGAUGGCCAGCAUCCUCCAACUUGGAAGUCAGCAACAAAAGUUAGGAAAUGUUGAGAUCAAAGAUAUGGCAAACUACUUAUAAUAGUAUGGCAAUAUAUCAAGGCUAAUGGUGUUUACAAGUCCCCAUACUACGUAGUUCUAACAAAUAUAUCGUAGAUUUUAGCAAGAAAGAUAUAUCUCGCUUACUCAUAAGUAUAUUGUUAAGUUCGAACAGUUGUAUAAUUGACAAAUAUCCAGAUUAGAUUAUAUAAUGUUCUAAUUAUAGCAAAACAUGCUUACUAAGAACGUGCCAGUCUCACCGUGAGCUAAUUUCCAAACAAGAUUUAUGACUGAACUCAUAUCGAGCAUGUUCAAUCUGACCAGGAACGAGCGAGCAGUGGUAACUAACAACAUUGUUUGCUUAUGAAAUCAUAAUACAGGGAUCAUGUUUGUUAAAUUGACAUUGUAUGGGGGACUAGAAAUGUCAUUAGUCCUUAUUAUAAGUGACAAAAAUUUGCAGACAUGCCAAGCAAACAAACGCCAAAGGUGGCCUCUUUUUUAACUAACCCAUGUGCCUAAGCCCUAUGCGCAAGCUUUUUAACCACUACCAUUAGCCCUUAACCCAAUGGGAUUAAGGCUUGAUUUGGGCAAAUCCAAAAGGAACCAAUUUCCAAAAGGUUUAGGUUUGACCGGAACCAACUUUUGGCCCGCCCGCCCGCCCGCCACCCAACAUACACAUAUAUAUAUUUCAUUUGUAUUAUUAUCCAGUUUUCUAUCGCAAAAGGUUAAACCAGCUUUGUUAACAUAAACAUUCUUUAGGCUUCAAUCAUGGAAUUAAUUUAUUCCAAUUGUUGCGACAACAUAAUGUGAUUUGGUCAUAAAGUGUCGCUUUUAGUAGAGCUAUAUGUGUACUUAAGGUGGUAGUUAUCAUCAUAUUGUUUGGUUGUAUUCAAAACUUAAGACAUUCUUUUGGGUUAAUUAACAGGUUUUUGCAGAUUGGGGGUGUGGGCUCUUUCCACUCUGAUCUAAAACAUGAUUACCUUGUUCAGAUGUCUAAAGUAAAUCAGAUCGAAUUGUCAUUUAUAAUACUACAAAUAAAAAAGAUACUUUUUGUAGCUCGUUUGAUUCUCCAGCUCGUUAUUCUUGAAAGAAAGAUUGAAGUUAAGUGAACAUUUGUUGUGUUUGAAUUUCGAAUGGAAAAACGGAUGGUACGAAGAAGCGGAGUGCAUAUAUGGGUACUAAGUACAAGAGAAGGAGAAGGACAACAUAAGAAGAAGAAGUCAUAAAUUGGAAAUUGGAUGGGGCCUUGGGGAGCGCUUAUGUAAGGGAAAGGAUAAGGUAACAAAGCUCUCUCUCAAUCUCAUCUUUGUGCAGCAGAUUAGAGUUUCUUACUUUCUUCCCACAGUAAAUGUUUUCAAUGUUCCUUUCCUUGUAUUUAUUUUUCAUAACAAGAUUGAAAGACAGCAUAUAGGUAUGGUAACUUUAACUAGGGUGGUUGUAGACUUGUAGUUGCCAAAUUGAUGUAGAAUUGGAUUGAAAAUAAAUUCCAAAGAUCAUAAUUGGAUUAAAAGACGUACAUAGUUCUACUAUAUUCUGGAGUUUUAUGCACAUUUUUAAGGUUUAAUAGAAUGAACACUUUAACCCAAUUGAUUGAGUGUAUGUAUAUGACAAUAUUCUUUGUUUGGCUUUCAUCAAUUCUAUAAAAAUCAUAAGAAUUUAUAAGAAAAGUUGUGAACUAGUCUAGUGGUACUAUUCCUCGUCUUGAACCAGGGGUUGGUCUAAUGACAACAAUAAUCUAUCUCGCUCUUAAUAAGAAAAGAAUCUAUCAGUCAAGUUUGUUUAAUAUACCGAGGUGUGUGUAAAACCAAAAUUAAAGAGGAAGUGUUGUUUGUAAUUAACAAUCUUUUUACAUACCAGUGUUGUCAUUCACGACUUAAAAAGUUGAUAGACCUCUCGACUUCAGAACUACGACCGAAAACAUAUGUAAAGCACGUUACACGUUCGAAAAAUGUCCCCGUUGCUAGUCUGGGCUCGUCGACCCAUUUCCUUGCCGAAAUAAGUAACAAAAAUUCUAUUUUGUCUUCUUCCCCAAACCAAAUCAAAACCCAAUUUCUUCCUCCUGCCGCCUGAACAGAACCCUCUGCUGCUAUCCUGGCUGGCUAGCAGGUUUAACCCAAACCUGACCCCUUUUUUUUACCCUAAGCUCUGCUGUUUCAUUUCCCUCCUCUAAACUCGUAUCGCUUUCAAUGCUCUUCUUUGUACAGUGUUAACUUCUUCCCAACUGGCAACUACUUUCACUUGAAUGCAACUAAGACCUGCGCUCUGGUUACUUGAUGAAAAAAGCAGAAGAAAGAAGGGACGAAUCGUCGAGGUAAAGAUGGUUUUUACUAAUAGGAUCUGCCGGUAAUAUAACCCAUGGAAAAGUUGUAGAGGCUUAAUCUAGAGCCAGGGUGAAACUUGGUUAAAUUGUUGAUCUGUGUUGUUUAGUCAUGCGAGUGAUCUGACGGUAAUGUACGAUCUGAUUUGUUUUCUUUGAAAUUUUAACAACAUAAAAAUCUAUUUCUAUAAAUGACGAUAACCUAUGUACUCAGAUGUUUCGUGUAUAAAUUUUUUCUUUGUUGUGUGUGACUAUAAAUUUUUUCUCUCGAAACCCAAAUUAGAUAUUUAAAAUGCGAUAGCGUUAAUAACUAACUUAUCACAAUAAUUCAGUCUAUUAGUAAAGUUUCAAGAGAAUGAAUAUUAUACCAUUCACUAGCAUGUCCUUUUAAACGAAAUCAAACUAACUCAUAGACUGCAUGCCUCACAGAUUAGAUCCAACGGUUUAUAUUGACGAUGGUUAGAAACCGACUCGGGUUUUCGUAAGUGUUGGCGGUCACUUAAAGAGUUGCUUACCAAUACCACUACUUUAAACUAGAUAGCUGGCAAUGGAACUAUUCUUUUGAAAUGCCUGAUGCGGAAAAGGUAAAAAUUUAUUAUAUAUCACAGGGGCGGAGCUACAUUGUAGCUAGGGUGCGGGGUGCCCCCCCCAGAUUGGUCCCGACCCUCCUUAAGGAUAUUUAGUACAAAUUCUAUAGCUAGAACUUGUUCUGUAAAUUGUGUCAUGUAAUAGUUCUGUGGUCUAAUGGUAACCAAGCUUAACUUGUGUCUUAAAGCACCCGAGUUUGAUCCACAUUGGUUACAUUUUUAAUUUAUUUCCCCCCGGUCUCGAAAUUCUGCCCCGCUCUUGAUAUAUCGCCCUCUCUUCAACACAUUCUUCCACAAAUCGUUCAUUUAAUAGUAUUUUCUCCCAGACUUUCCACUAAUAUGAUGUGAGGACAACACACCUCCCCGCUCUAAAGACGGUAGCAUCACAAUUAAGCUUUACCACACCAAAAUGAAAAUUAUAGUCAAUAUCUAGAGUUGUUGAAAGAGAUAGAAGAAAAUAAUGUUAUAUAUACAUUCUGCUACAGAUCGAGCACGGUAUGCUGAGUUGCUGACAACUAUAAAACCACAAAGCUUUUCCCCCCAUGGGCUAUUGCAAGGACUCACUCUGUGGUUCAUGGAAUCUGUUUGGCCCAACGUAUCCAGUGGGCCCUGCUGUUUAGGAAAAUUAGGUUUCAGCUCAGGAAUAUAACAGGAUCUCAUUUCCAUGGCCCAAGAGAAAUAGAAGAUUGGACUACUACAAUAGCCUGGAUCGAAAGUACAUUGACAUUGGACCACAAUAUUAAAUGUGCACUGUUAAAUGAAGCCCAGGCCCAGCCCAUAUACAUCCAAAUACACAUCAAUAACACCAUAUCCACUGAGCCCACAAAGCUUGAAAGCCUAUCCUAUCGUAAGAAAAGCCCAUAAAUAUAGGCCCAGUUCCAUACUAUAAGAAACCCCUACUCCCAAUCCAAAUCCGAAUCGGCCGAAACGCAACAAGAGCCACAUCCAACACUCAAUCGCCAUCGCCUCCUUCCGUCGUCCCUGGGCGCCUCUCUCUAUAUAAAAAUGAAAAAUAAAAGCGAUAAAUUAACAAGCAAAAAAGACCCUUCGUCGUCCACCACCAUCGAAAAGAAUAUAAACGCCGAGCUGCUCGUUUCUCCAAUCCAAAUUUCCCCAAUCGAGCCAAAAACCCUAAUUCCCCUUAAAUCGCAGAACCGAAAAAGACUACAAAAAUAAAAUUGUAAGAAGGAGAAAAAAAUGGAGUUAUUAAGGAAACAACGCCAUGGCUAAGGAGCGCAACGCACCAACAACCCCGAUAUCUUCUUGGGGGACGUUGGAAGAGCUGCUGCUGGCCUGCGCCGUGAACCGCCACGGCACAAAGAGCUGGGACUCCAUAGCCGUAGAAGUCCAAAACCGGACUUCCAGCCUCUCCUCCCUCACUUCGCAGCAGUGCAGGGACAAGUUCAAUGACCUCCGGCGACGGUUCAUGCCUCCGAGGAGGGAGGAGCCGCCGCCGGCCGCGGCGGCGACCAGUUUGGUCCCUAUGGUCGACGAGCUCCGGCGGCUCCGCGUCGAGGAGCUGCGACGUGAGGUCCAGCGGCGGGACGUCUCGAUCGAGUCUCUGGAAUUGAAGGUGAAGCGAUUGGAGGAGGAGAGGGUGAGAGGCGCGAAGGAGGAGGCAGAUCUAGGGAAGGAAGAAGGUCGGCCAACGUCGGCCGCGAAAUCCGCCGGCGGCUGCUACGAUUCCGGGGAGGAUCGGUCGUUCAACGAGUCUAAUUCCACGAGUCAGCAACAGAAAGCCGUGAACGCGGCCGCGAAGGAGCGGAGCGAGGAGGAGGAAGGAGAAGGGGACACGAAACCCGAACCGGCAUCGAAGUCCGAAUCGGAUCCGGUUCACUCAUACCCGUCCGCCGAGGAGCGGAUUUGCUCCUACGACGUCAAAUCGGAGGGAGGCGGAGGGAAUCGGGAGGACGAAUCGCCAAGCGAGACGAAGCCGAGACCGAGUCAGACCCCGCUCGUCGGCGAGUCGAACGAAUUGGGCGAGUCGGUGGGGGAGUCGAAGCGGGAGGAGAAAGAGAAGGAGAAACAGAACAGUGACGUGCAGAGCUCGGUGAGCCUGACGCUGAGGAAGAAGAAACGGCGUCGUAGGGGCGGAGUAAAUGGCGAUGGCGGCGGAGGCGCUGGAGUCGCCGCCGUGACCAGCAGCGGCGAAGAGCCCGAGGGUGGUGACGAGGUAUCUCCCGCCAGGAAGCGGGUCGCCGCUGUGAAAUCCGAACCGUUGGUUAGAAUCCUCGAGAUCAUCCGGUCCCAUAGGCUCGGUUCUGUUUUCGAACGACGGCUCCGAAGCCAGGAAUCGGAGAGGUACAAGAGCUUGAUCCGGCAGCACAUCGACCUCCGGACGGUCCAGCUCCGGCUCGACAAAGGAGUGUACCUCAGCUGCAUCCCCAAGUUCUACAGAGACCUCCUCCUCCUCUUCAACAACGCCAUCCUCUUCUUCCGGGAGACCUCGCCGGAGAAUCACGCCGCCCGGGAGCUCCGAGGUCUCGUCCUCAAGAACAUGAAGGACAAGCUGCGUAAACCUGCUCCUCCGCCUCCUUCUAAACCUCAAUCCCAAUCCAAACCUGCUCCGCCGCCACCGCAGCCUCCUGCCCCCUCCGCAACCACGACCAAGAACGUAAAGACUACUAGUACUACUACUGACGCAGCUCCAGCUCAGAAGCGGCAAAAACAACCCGAGAAGCCCGAGGCCAAGCCCGAGAAGUCUACCUCUACUCUGGUCUCCUGCGGGAACAAGCGGAGCUCGUCCCUUAAGGUAGGAACAUCGGAGAAGGAGAAGCCUGCUUCGAAGAAAGUGGUGACUACUACUUCCAAUAAGCAGAAACAUAAAGAAGCAGAGGAAGUUAAGCCGAAGACGAAUCCGAAAAAGGCUGAGGCUUCCGUGGCGCCUAAAGCUGUUGAGGAAGAGAAGCCAAUUAAGAAGUCUCCGACUACUACGAAGGAGACGGCCAAGGAGAGGCCUGCUGCUGCGACAACGGCAACGACGAAAGGACGGAGGAAUGUUAGAACCGGGGCCAGCAAGAAUGGAGAGGUUAAUAGUAAUAAACACAAGUACGGCGGCAACGAGCUGAGCUCUCACGAUGCCGCAGAUUCGAAAGCGGAGAGGAGCAACAAUAAUAACAAAGACGAGAAUAAUAGCACUACUAGCGUGAGGAAGAGGCAAGGCGCGGCGAGCUUCCUGAAGAGGAUGAAGCAGAACAGCGACGCGACGGAGGAGAAAGAUGACGAUGAGGGCGGUGGCGACGAGGAGUCGUCAUCGUCAUCCUCUUCGUCGGAAGAGGAGGAGGAGAAGGAGAAGAGGAGGGAAGUUAAUAAUGCUGGGAAGGAGAAGGGUAGUAAUGGUAAGACGGGGAGUCGAGGUGGUCGGGGUGGUACUAGAGAUGUUACGAGGGAGAGGCCGCCCAUCACGAGGAGUUCGAGGGGCAGAGGAGGGAGGGAGGAGGGCGGGAAAGGGAGGAGAGGUGGCGGAAGAGGCGGGAAGAGCGGCGGCGGUGGUACUCCGGCCGCGGCGGAGGGAGGGAAGAGAGGGAGAGAUCAUGAUGGUGAAGGGGGUGGAAGUGGAGGGAGGGCUAGGAAGAGGGCAAGGAGAUAGAUGAUUUUUUUUUUUUUUUUAAUUAUGAUUGGAUUUUUGUUGUAAAAUGUAAAUUAGCAUGGGAAUUUCCAAAGUUUUUUUUUUACUUCUUUUUUUUGGCGGGUUUUUUAAUUUAUUAUCUUUUGGGUAGGCUUUUCACUUUUGGAAGGUUUAAUUUAGGUGGGAAAUGGGUGGCUAAAGUGGAUGAACUGAGGAAGAAAGAAGAUGAGGGUUUUUGUAUUUUGUUGGUGAAGAACUUGUAGAAAGUAGUGCUCUUUCUUCCUUGGCAAGGCUCCAUUGGAUUAUUCAUAAAAAAAAAGGCUCAAUUGGAGCAACUAUGAACUAGCCUAGCCAUUUCUUGGGUAUGACCUUAUAAUAGUCAUUUCUUGGGUAUGGCCUGAAUUAUAAGAGCCAUGUUUCAAAAAUCAUUUUGGUAAAAUCAAGCUGACAUGAUUUUCCAAGUACAAUUAGACUACUAUGGUGAAUCAGUUCAUAGUAUUAAGUUUUUAUCGAAAUUCGUUUAGAUAUAAUUUUAUGAGAACUAAUAAUAUAAGAUUAUUAUUUAGUGCACAAACCAGUUCUAUAAUUUAAUGUCUUAUUAUCAAAACUCAUCCAACAUAAAAUAUCUCAUUUUAGUGAUUUUAGAGACUAACUUGAUCUCCAACACUUCAAUAACAAGUUUAUUUUCAUAAAAUGGUAUUGUUUUAACUAAAAGUCAUAUGGCAGCUUGUGAUCUGACCCAAAUGCUCUCAUUGGCAAGUUGGCAUUUCCUGCUUUUCUUCCAUUCUCUCCCCUAGUUAGGGAUGACAAUGGGUCGGGUUGGGGCGGAUUUUGUCAAACCCAAACCCAAACCCAUGGGUUUAUCCGCCAAAAAAACCCGGGGUAAAAUCCGGUGGGUUUGAGAAACUCAAACCCAACCCAACCCGCUGGGUAUCCGCGGGUUCAUGGGUACCCGUGGGUUUUUGUGGUAAAAAAUUUACAAUAACAAGUUUCUUUCAAAAUAAAAGUUUAACAUCAAU